CCUAUAGACACCUGAAAUAUCGCUGCAGCGUAUUGUCGUAUAGAGAUGCUAGCGCUGUCACGGUAAAGUAUAUAAAUGAGAAAUGUACAUCUUGCCACCGCUAUUCUACCCUUGUCUAAAUGACCACUGAGUGCGGGUUCCCAGACCCCGCGUGGGCGUGAGGGGAUCGUUUCAGCAGCGCGUGAUUGGUCUGGACCCCCGUGAUAAUUUGGGAGGUGGUGAAAGUCCGGAGAGAGUGAGAGCAAGUUUGAAAGAGGGCUGAGCUUCACAGAAGUUGUAGAAUUGUGCUCUUCCACUUCAGUAGUUGUUAACGGGUGCAUUCCGGGGGCAAUUAAUUUUGGGAACCAGAUUUCAAGCUCCCCCAUUUGGUCCUCUCUGAUUGGCCAGUUUCAACGAUGGCCCCCAUCUCUCUGUCCCGCCUCCUGGUGUGUGCAUGGGCGCUGUGCCUCGUGGUCGCCGAGGUACCGGCGGACACGCCCCAGAUCCAGCUGCGUCUGGCGGGGAACAAACGAAAACACAACGAGGGCCGCGUGGAGCUGUACUACAACGGCGAGUGGGGCACGGUCUGCGACGACGACUUCUCCAUCUACGCCGCCCACGUGGUGUGCAGGCAGCUGGGAUACCUGGAGGCCCGGUCCUGGUCCCCCUCCUCCAAGUAUGGCCGAGGGGAAGGCCGGAUCUGGUUGGACAACGUCCACUGCAGUGGACAUGAGGCAUCCCUUGCCCUCUGUCCUCAUAAUGGACUUGGGGUGUCGGACUGCAAGCAUACGGAAGACGUAGGUGUGGUCUGCAGUGAAAAGAGGAUCCCAGGGUUCAACUUCCUCAGCUCUGUGAGCAACAAUGUGGAGAGCGCCAACGUGCAGGUGGAGGACGUGCGCAUGCGGGCCAUCCUGGGGGUGCAGAAGCGGCGCGUCCCGGUGACGGAGGGGUACGUGGAGGUGAAGCUCGGCGGGAAGUGGAAGCAGCUGUGCGACGAGAAGUGGACCCUGAUGAACAGCCGGGUCAUCUGCGGGAUGUUCGGCUUCCCCAGCGAGAAGAAGCACAACCCCCGCGCCUACAAGGUGUACGCGCGCAGGAGGAAGAUCAGUUAUUGGGGUCACUCUGUGAACUGCACGGGGAACGAGGCGCACCUGUCGGUGUGCAGGCUGGGACCCCCGCUCACGCUGAAGGGGAACAGCACCUGCACCGGGACCCCCGUGGUGGCCAGCUGUGUUCCGGGGAGAGCCUUCGCCCCCACGCCCAUGACUGGCUUCAGGAAGGCCUACAGGCCGGAGCAACCGCUGGUGCGUCUGAAGGGCGGAGCCCUGGUGGGGGAGGGGCGCGUGGAGGUGCUGAAGAGCGGCGAGUGGGGCACCGUCUGCGACGACAACUGGGGCAUCCAGUCGGCCACCGUGGUGUGCCGGGAGCUGGGCUUCGGCACCGCCAAGGAGGCCCUGACGGGGGGCCGGCUGGGACAAGGAAUGGGCCCGGUGCACAUGAACGAGGUGGAGUGCUCCGGGUUCGAGAAGUCCGUCACAGAGUGCUUCUUCAACAGGGACUCUCUGGGCUGCAGCCAUGAGGAGGACGCGGGCGUGAGGUGCAACGUGCCCGCCAUGGGCUUCCAUCAGCGGCUGCGGCUGGGCGGGGGUCGGAACCCGUCCGAGGGGCGCGUGGAGGUCCUGGCGGAGAAGAACGGGACGCUGGUCUGGGGCACGGUGUGCAGCGACAGCUGGGGGACCACGGAGGCCAUGGUGGUGUGCAGACAGCUGGGCCUGGGCUACGCCAGCCACGCCUUCCAGGAGACGUGGUACUGGCCGGGGGACGUGACGGCGGACGACGUGGUGAUGAGCGGUGUGAGGUGUUCUGGGACGGAGAUGUCGCUGUCGCACUGUCUGCACCACGGACAGCACCUGCACUGCCCCCGGGGGGGCGGCCGUUUUGCCGCGGGGGUGUCCUGCUCCGAAACCGCUCCGGACCUGGUUCUGAACCCGCAGCUGGUGGAGCAGACCACCUACCUGGAGGACCGGCCCAUGUUCAUGCUCCUGUGCGCCCACGAGGAGGAAUGCCUGUCCAGCACGGCCGACGCCACCCGCAGCGACUCCUACCGCCGGCUGCUGCGCUUCUCCUCCCAGAUCCACAACAACGGCCAGGCCGACUUCCGCCCCAAGGCCGGCCACGACUCCUGGAUCUGGCACGAGUGCCACAGGCACUACCACAGCAUGGAGGUGUUCACGCACUACGACCUGCUCAGUCUCAACGGCUCCAAGGUAGCAGAGGGACACAAAGCCAGCUUCUGUCUGGAGGACAGCGAAUGUGACGAAGGCAUCUACAAGAGGUACGCCUGCGCCAACUACGGCCAGCAAGGGAUCACUGUAGGAUGCUGGGAUACGUACAGACACGACAUCGACUGUCAGUGGAUCGAUGUCACUGACGUCAAACCUGGAGACUAUAUCCUUCAGGUCAUCAUCAACCCGAAUUACGAAGUGGCGGAGUCGGAUUACUCCAACAACGUCAUGAAGUGCAGGUGUCGAUACGACGGCUACCGCGUGUGGUCCUAUAACUGCCAUAUAGGUGGCUCACUAAGCUCGGAGACCGAGGACACCUUCCCUGGCCUAGUGAACAACCAGGUGUCCUUCAGGUAAAGCAAGCAGAGGCUGACAGAAAAAGACGGAUUGGAAGAAGGUUCUGGAUGUGAGGCUCAACUCCACUCACAGCCCCAGAGGCCCCAGAACCACCGACCACUAGAGAGUCUCUCUCUCUCUUUCACAUUCUCUCUCUCUUUCUCUCUCACUCUCCCUUCCCCCUCUUCCUCCCCCCCUCUCCUGAGUGCUGCUGGACUACUCCUUCCAGUACUCAGUCUCAGGACCAGCCGCCGGCUCCCCAAAGCCCCCCCCCCCCCCCCAAAAAAAAAAACAAAAAACCACCCCCAUGUUGUCCCCUAGCCUCCCAGAAGGCUGCAGCAAUGCUGCGACUUCGGCGUGAAAAACUGAAGCAUGUGUUUAGCGCCCCAUAGUGGCUCAGCAGGGUACUGGCUCCAGCUUUACGGACAAGACGCUUGAAGAGAACACCAUCUGUAUAUCUUCACACGUAAAAAGGGAACUGAAUGCACUUUUAAAAAGUUAGCAGUGACGAGAGUGGUUUUGAGCUACACGUUUAAAUCUGCAAGAUUUUAAUGGAAAGGAAUUGAAUUUGACCUCUACACACACCUGCACAUUAAACAUACAUACGCAGAGCUGACACACACACACACACACACACACACACACACACACACACACACACACACACACACACAGGUUAACAGUAAAAGCAGACUUUGUGUCUUCUGGAACAGAGAAACUCUGUCCCUGUUGAAACUGUGUACUUACGGAAUGGCUCAACUUUAUUCACAUACUACGGUAUGCAAACCCUUCUGGUAUCAGGGACACGUUCACAUACCUCACAGCGACAGGUUUCCUGAGUUAUACUGGGAAAGGCCACUGCUAAGCUUCAUAAUCACAAUCACAAUCACCCAUUUGUACUGUAACACAUUAAAAUAUGCAGGUGAAAUGUAUUGCAGCCCUUACAUCUUUCGUUCUUUUCUUUACGUGACGUUUUUUUUUGCUAACUGCAGCCCCCGCGUUAUGCAAGCGAUUGAGAAAAGAAAAAAAAUAGAUUCAUGUAACCCGGCGUGGAGUUUCUCCUACGUUUUCCCUCACGGCACAUUCAUCUGGAAAACUGCUAUGGAACAAACUCUGAGAAACUUUACUGUACUUUAAUUUCGUCCGUAUUUAGCUUCAGAUGUUUAAAGCUCGCGGCGCGUAACUACGGAGUGAAAAGAGCGCAUAACAGCCUAAGCACGUUGUAAACGCCGAAAUCCACAAAGACUUAACUGCGAGGCUGCGACACAGGGAACUCCGAACGUGUGUAGAAACGUACGACUGCUUAUUUUGUUUUUGUUUAAAAAAAAAAAAAAAGAAAAGCAUUUUGUAAAUGGUUUGAUUUUCUCCUGCUAGCAUUUUUUUUUUUUGCAUAUGUAACUUAUUGUUGUGAAUGUCAGGGAUCGCGGUUGGGUUUUUAUUUUUUUAUUUUCGUUCAGAGUAACCAAAGCCCCCGUCUGUGAAUGAGAGAAGUCUGGCUCUUCUGUGUGUUGUACUUUUUUUUUUGUUGUAUUUUAUUGUAAUGGUGCUAACGUACGGCUACUCUCUGUUUAUUUGAGGGUGCACACUGCAAGCCGAUUGGCUGUUUGGGAUGCCUGUACUUGACAGGGGAGACUUAAUAUCCAAUAUAUUGUGCCUGUUGGCUUUAAUUAAAGUAUGGAAUCAAGCAGA